AUGCUUGGUAGCUCUGUGUUACUUUUGCAUUCUGGUUUCAAAUGGGAUUCUUUCCAGAAUUUUGUUGGUUCGUUUUGUCGAUUUUAUUCUUCUACUAAAUCCCUAAAUAUUGAUCUCUCCGACAAAGAAAGCAAAAGGCGUUUAUUCAACAGGUUGUUAUACAGAAGAAGACAAAGAGGGUUUCUUGAACUAGAUUUGAUUUUGGGGAAAUGGGUGGAGGAUCAUAUCAAUUCCAUGGAUGAAAAUGGAAUUAAAUCCCUUGUUGAUGUUCUUGACCUGUCACAAGCUCAUGGAAUGAUUCUCUCCAUUUCUGCCAGUGGGAAGGUGUUUUAUGUGGCCAUCGCCAUCAGAGGCUUUCAAGGUGAAAUUCCUCAUGAAAUGGGUCGGUUAUUCAAGUUGCAAGUUCUGGUAUUGACUAGUAACUCGUUGGAAGGACGAAUUCCAGCGAACCUUUCAAAUUGCAAUGACUUGAGGAGUCUUCAUUUAGGCAACAAGUUUAUAGGAAAUCUUCCUAAAGAGCUUGGCUCCUUAUCCCAAUUGGUGCUACUUUAUAUUGAUUCCAACAAUUUGACAGGGGCAAUCCCAACUAUUUAUGCAAACCUUUCAUCUCUUGAACGUUUCUUGGCGCAUUUGAAUAUGUUAGAGGGAAGUAUUCUAGAAUCCCUAGGCGGCCUGAAAAGCUUAACAUAUCUUUCUAUCUUCUCAAAUAAACUAUCAGGUGUGAUUCCUUCAUCUAUCUAUAAUAUCUCGUCAUUGAUUGCUUUGGAGGCACCAAGUAAUUUACUUGAAGGAAGUCUUCCUCAAAAUUUAGGCCUCACUUUGCCAAAUGUUGAAGUGAUUAAUAUUUGGGGAAACCAAUUUAGUGGCUCGAUUCCAUUUUCAAUAUCAAAUGCUUCAAAACUAAAAUACCUUGACUUAUCGCUUAACAAAUUUUCUCUUGGAGUGGCUAUUAAUUUUGGAAACCCAAAUAAUCUCUCUUGA